AUGGAGGAUGACGACUCGGUGACUUUGAAGGCAGGCACGGCUGUGGUGUCUGAAUCGAUGGGUGACGCGUACCAGCAUCAACCUCCCCGACCUGUUAUCUCUGAGGAGGAUGGCUUGUCUGUGGAAACAACCACCUUAAUUGACGGCAAGAUUUCAAAUAUGGUUUUGGGAGUGAGCGGAGAGGGGAACAAGACGUCCACCCUAGGGACUGUGUAUAUUGAGGUGCCACCGACUCGACCGAAGCGGCCCAAAAAGCUCAGACAGAUGAAUCCGGGCAAAUCCACUGCACGAGAGUUCGACUGCAGAAGGGUGAUUGGCGCGGCGCCGUCCGCACUUACGGCGAUGCAGCCCAUAGAGGGUGAAGACAUUGACGGAGUGCUCUUUCGUGGGCAUUCCGAGAUCAGUACGGAAAUCGAUCUGGAGGCUGUCGUGAGACGGGGUGGCAGUCUGGUCAUCAAGGACAUGACACCCGCGGUGACUCUGAGCGAUCACUAUGCGCCGCGAGUUCAGGUGCCCGAUUUCACACCCAUCACUGCCAAUAUCACGACGGUAGCGGUACUUAAGCCUCUGGGCGAAACCGACGGCUGCCAUGUCAGAAAGGCUCAUAAAAGAGACUCUCAAACGCUGACUGAGGAGAACAGCAGAUCCUGUGGUCUAGGGACGAAAAAGGGUACCAAAUGUAUCCAUCCAAGGCAGCUUGCAGCAAGCACAACGACCAGAACGCCGAGAGUGAAACAGGGCUUGUUGGAACAAUUAAUCACGGAAUCAAUCAGAUCCCUGAACAUUAACAGGCGCCGACGCCAUUGA